CAGUCGGCGCACAUGAUCACACACAGUGGGCAGGCAGGCAGGCAGCUCUGCGGCUGAUUCCUGCUUUAUAAAAACCACGAUUGGACAGAGUAAGUCACGUUGGCCGUGGAGCUGUCAGUCUGAUGCUGCACCAUUGUUCCCUGAGCAGCCGGAAGGAGAGCUUGUUAAAGCACUCUUUAUGCGCGACAAAUAGUGCCGGUUAUAGUCCUUGUACUGUUCGGGGAAUCCGGUACCGGCUUUUCUUUUUUUUUUUUCUUCUUUUUUACAAAUGAUCUCACAGCAGGUGGAGGAUUUCCGCAGAGGAAAACAGUGACAUGGUCUAGGGAGAAAAUAGAGAGAAGUCCAUUGAGAGAGAGAGAGAGAGAGAGAGGGGCGUCAUUCACUGGCUGGAUGAUAGUAGCGAAAUGAAUGAACAGAGGCAGGUCGCUGCAGUGUAAUAUAUUUUUGCUAAAGGUGCAGAUGCGGCGGGCCAUGAGUGGAAUACUGAAGAGGAAAUUUGAGGAGGUGGAAGCUUCCUCCUCCCCGUGCUCUUCCUUGCGGGAGUCUGAUGAUGAGGUCUCCUGCAGUGAGAGUGGGGAUAGCAGUGACAGUGUCAAUCCCUCCGCUUCAGGCCCUUUCACCCCUGACUCAAUAUUAAAGAGAGAGAAGCGCCUACGGACGAGGAGGGUGCAUUUUGAGAAUGUGACAGUGUACUACUUCAGCCGGCGGCAGGGCUUCACCAGCGUGCCCAGCCAGGGAGGCAGCACACUGGGCAUGUCCAACAGACACAGCUGGAUCAGGCAGUACUCCCUGGGUGAAUUCGCCCUGGAGCAGGAGAGGCUCCACAGAGACAUGCUCAGAGAUCACCUGAAGGAGGAGAAACUUAACUCAAUCAAACUCAAGCUGACCAAGAAUGGCACAGUGGAGUCUGAAGAGGCCAACACGCUCACGGCAGAGGACAUCUCUGACGAUGACAUCGAUCUGGACAACACAGAGGUAGACGAGUACUUCUUCCUGCAGCCCCUUACCACUAAAAAGCGCCGAGCAUUGCUGCGCUCCUCCGGGGUAAAGAAGAUCGACGUGGAAGAGAAACAUGAACUGCGGGCUAUCCGGAUGUCCAGAGAGGACUGCGGCUGUGAUUGCCGAGUCUUUUGUGACCCGGAGACUUGUGCCUGCAGCAUCGCGGGGAUCAAAUGCCAGGUGGACCGUAUGUCGUUUCCGUGUGGCUGCACAAAAGAGGGCUGCAGCAAUUCAACUGGGAGAGUGGAGUUUAAUCCCAUCCGUGUUCGGACCCAUUUCUUGCACACCAUAAUGAAGCUGGAGCUGGAGAAGAGUCGUGAGCAGCAGCAGGCGCCCCCCACUAACGGUUACCGUGGUGAAACUAACGACCUGGGAAGCGGAAACCCUCUGGUUCAGUCCCAGCACAGGUUGGAGUACUCUCUGUCGGACACCGUUCCACAGGCAGCCAGCAUGCACCUGCAGGCGGUGGAUGAGAUGGAGGAGCCGCUAGACGAUGAAGAUGAGGAAGAAGAUGAAGAAGACGAGGAUGAGGAGGAGGAGGAGGAGGAAGAGGAAAACGAAGACGAUGAGGAGGAUGAGGAGGACAGCAGCAGUGUUUGCAGUGGACUGUCUGACUCAAGCACCCAGAGCUUAGCUAACACCGACUCGGAGGAUGAUGAGGAGGACGAGGAGGAUGAAGAGAAGUCUGAGAACUUUCAGGAUGACAUGAAAACCCCAUCUGUGUCUCACACUGAGGUGGUCCCCCUGUCCUCUGUUCUGUGUUACAAUGAUGGCUCCGUGGCGCAUGAUAACCACAUGAACGGAAACACUUACUUAAUGAACUCUUCUUCGGCUGAGUACUAUCAGCUUGGGAGCUCCAGUGCCGUCUCUAACGGCCAAACCAGCCAACCCAGCAAACCCUACGGGGAAGCCUUAGCAUUCCAAGAUCCAGUCAGUACGACCAACGGCAACGUGGCCCAAGGACCAUUCAGCAUGUCUGCUGAGCAGUACACAGACUACACGAAUCAGGUGGAGGAACAAUACACAGCUAAUCAUCAUUUUAAUCUGACCAAUGGGGCUCCCGCCGCCCCUUUGACCUGCUUCACACCUGAUCAGGAGAAGAAAGCAUCGUCCAAAGCGGCGUUCGUUGAGCAGCCUGACAACCAGAACCAGACACAGUUUCAGAACUACCUGAACAAUAACACCCAGGGUUCCUACGGCAGCUCAUGUCUGACAGCUGAACAGCCACAGGAAGAGUCCAGUCUUAAUGGACAUUCUGACCUGACCUUACUAGCAAACAAUACUAAGAACCUCCCUUUACCAGACCAUUGCCCUGAGGUCACAGCCAUUUAGUGGGGGCCUCACCUUUUGAAGUGUUCUUUCAUUAUUACGUCUUAACUUGAGCCCGACCAAGUGGCAUUUUAAGGGAACAUAAUCAUGGCCUUUUUUUUUUGCAUUAUCUGACCUUAAAUUUUAAAGCAAUUCACAGCAACGUAAUACACUUCCAUCUGUAACUAUAAAGCCAUAGGUUCAUGAUGGAAAUGUUUUUUUUUAUAGGAAUGAUUCUCUCCUCUGGGUUUCUCCACCAACAGUGUGCGCUUCACUGCAAGAUGGACCAGAUCAGAAACACUUAAAAACAUCAGUCAUGUCACGCUGUGCAAUGUAUCUUGUAAUUUCAGAUGUAAAGUUCUAGUUUUAAGCAGAUAUUGUACUGUAGAUGGAACUUUUCUAUGUCUACUGUAUGUGUCAAAUGUGCAAAAAAAAGGUUUAUCGUCAGUUUAUUUAUUGUUUCUGAAUUACGUGUAUACUUAAUAUAUUGUAAAUGUUUUGAUAAUACGCAUGCUGUUUUUGGGGAUCUCAGUAACAUUUAGGGAAAAGAACGCCAUUGUUUUAUAUAUAUAAAAAAUAGUGUUGUAUACAUAAUGUACAUUUCUCUUCUUCUUUUUUGUCACUAUUAUAUGCUUUUCUAUGGUUUUGAAAAGCAUGAAAAAAAGCCUGAAUUCUUAUUUGUAUGUUUGGAAUACAAUAACAAUAGCAUCAAAUGUCAGAAAUCAAUUCACAGCCUUUUGCACUCAUGUGUGGGGGGUCCAGUGGCAUGCGGUUGGUUUUAACUGAUAAAUACUUGAACGGUGGAAAACUAAGCCCCCUGAAUUGCGUGAUUUGCAGGUGUCACUACAAAUGAUUUAUUCUUUGAAGCGUUUAAUUAAAACAGGGAUAUUAAUAAAGUAGCACUUUGACAUAUCUCCAAAACAAGAAGAACAGAUCUUUAUCAUUAGAUUAGCAUAAUAGAUUUGAAAGCCAUCCGUAACCAGUCUCCAUCAAAGCUCCGGAGACCAAAUAUUGACCCAAAAUAACACGUCAGUAUGUAAUAUAUUAACUGAUUAUUGGAUUUCUGUUUUUUUCAGUGCUGUAUAAGCUACAUUCCACUGUCUAAUGCCUGAGAUGUUUAUUUAUGUUGAUCCAAGAAUGAUGUCAGUUUGUUCUAUUGAAGUGUUUAGUGCAAUAGUUUGAGGUUAGAGAAAAUCCUCAGUAAAAGUGGACUGAGAUUACUUUUGAUUGACUGUCACAGGGCUUAUUGUUGUACCGAAAGCACCACUAGUUUAAUAAAAAACAAAAAUAUGCCACUGUUUUAAUAAUUGUAUACAUAGGAAACAAAUGUUCAAGGUUGACAAUCAAAGCUUAUUAUUAAAUAUGAGCCAAAUCUGUGAUUAACCGCUACAUGAUGACUCCCAAUGAGUCAGGUGAGCCAUUCGAAUUAAAAGGAUGAUUUUUUAAAAAAUCAAAAAUCUGUAAAUAACCUUUUAACACAUCUUUAUAAAACCACUGACAAAAAUUUAAUUGGAGUCAACAACUGGGGGACUAUAAUAAUUCAUUGAAUAGCGUUCUCGUUGUUAAAAUUCUUUACCUUGAGCACUUUGCUCCUGCAUGAGUACAAACAUUUGUCGCUCUUUCAAGCUUAAAAAAAUAUCUCCCCAGGUUUUUAGAAUCAAAAGGGUCCGUCUGUUCUGUGUGACUGUCGGGUAGCUGGGACCUCUCAUGCCACCUUGACGGUACAAAGGGAUUGUACAGACUGCUUUCAGGCAAUCAGUGGCAUCAACUUGGCCUAUAGUACAUAUUAUUUGUGCCAAAGCAUACAGUGUGAGAAGGCUAGAUACAACAACACUGCAUCCAGUUAAGAAUUUUUUUUGUUUGGUUUUAUUUUCCAGUAUUUAUUAUGAAUGAUAUAUUGAAAUGUGUAUUUAUUGUGGUUUACUAAAAGUCUGUAUUGAGUAAAUUGCUUCACUAUCUUAAAAUUGACCUUCGUUUCAUGCUGGUUGUGAGUUGUAACGCUUCAUGUGCCUGAGUUAUUUCAUUCUAUUUCUUAUUCUGUGAAAUGCAUACGUUUUGCACAAAACUGUACUUUUAUUUUUUUCAAUGUGUUCUGUUUUCCAACUGUAGAUAGAGCCAACUUCAUUUUCAGUUGUUUUCAUUUUUAACCUGGUUUUGAAAUCAAUUUAAUUAAAAUUGCUAAAAAUAUAGGUCAUCGUUGUCCGGUUUAGUAAUUUCUUGGUGCAAAGCGCCCUCUGCAGAUCACAGGGAGAAAUGAGACAAAGUGGCUCUCUUGUACUAUCCAACUCGAUUUAUUGACCCAAAAAUAAGACAUCUCAAUACCAAGGCCAUCUGACAACAAUAAACAUUUUCCGUCUUAGACAAACACACACUUUCGAUCCGUUAUCUCAUUCAGUCUCAAACUCAGUGAUUUACAAUAUAUUCUACAGCCGUCUGAACACCAGUGCCUGCACCAGAAAUGCAUUAGCGGACUCCUUUUAGAUGUUUAGACGUAGAGGGACAGUUUUAGGCAUUUGAUCAACAAAUAUUCGGUGCAUUUGUUUUUGAUAAACACCGAUUAAAAAGAAGAGAAUGAUCCAUCUUAAAAAAUAAAAAAAACAUGAACUGAAACAUUAUACGUCAAAUAAAAGAGGACUUGAAAUGAACACUUUGUUUAAGGAACAGCUCACCAAUCAAUCAUUAUUCAGGUCUCUGCACUCACUCAGCAGUUUAUUAGGUACACCUCAUGAAAACUAAUGCAGUCUAUUACGACAGUCCUGCGGUAAAUCCUCCCUUUAUUCAUCUGUUUUCAAAAAGUAUGUGCUGCUGUUUUAUCGUAUUACCUUGUAGUGAGAAGGGUUCCUAUUAUUUACUCCCAUUGAUAUAAAUAUAUUUGACAUACUGUAGUACUUCAAACACCUCUCAGUAUGAUGUAGCACAUUUCAACAGCAACACAAACUACAGCCUCUAAAUUAACCGUGACAUGAAAUAACUACCGCUUUAAACCUUUUACUUCUGUAAACUGAACAUAAUAAAGAAGGAUUUAUUGCAGGUCUGUUGACUGCUUUAGCAACUGAGUUUUAGCCCAGUGUACACGAUAAACUGACAAAUGAGUACAUAGAAAUAAAAUAAUUUAGAGUUUGAAAGCUAAAAAAAAUAAAAAUAAUACUAAAAAUGAAAUGAAAUUAUUGUAUCUGUAGACCCCUUUGGUCAAAACACUGUAGAAGCCAUUAUUCUGCAUUAACAGAAAACUGCGAAAACCCCCGCAACACCAUCACCUAUCCCUCCACCACUCUACCCAGCCAGUAUAAAAUUACGUCUAAGGCACUGGACGGUAGCAAAUAAGAUUUUGCAUUAUUAAAAAAAAAAAAAAAAAAAA